AUGAAUACAGACGGAUGUGAUUCUCUGGUGGGCUCGCAAAUCACAAUUGGAGCGAUGUUGGACUUUAACGUCUCCAAGUCAUUGCGCGAUGGCAAUGACACCAAGAAUUCCAGUUGUGGAUCCGUAUCAGUUGGUUUCCCCAUUACCAUGAUGAUCACUGGCAUGGUGGGCAACUCGUUAGCUCUCAUGCUGGUGUAUAUCUCUUACAAAAAGAAGGAAAAUAAAAGGAAAAAGUCUUUCUUGCUCUGCAUUGGAUCGCUGGCGUUAACUGACCUGUUUGGACAGCUUUUGACAAGUCCGAUAGUGAUAUCAGUUUACCGAGCUGAUCUGAAAUGGGAGCGCAUCGACUCAUCGGGCAAAUUGUGCGCUUUUUUCGGUGUGUGCAUGACAACUUUUGGCCUGUGCUCUCUCUUCUUCGCCAGCGCCAUGGCAAUUGAAAGGGCUUUGGCGAUAACAAACCCCCACUGGUACUCCAAUCACAUGAAGACGAGUGUGACAAAGCAGACUUUGGCUGUUAUAUGGUGUCUCGUGUUGCUCUUUGCGCUGCUGCCCACUGCGGGAGUCGGAGAAUACACACGCCAGUGGCCGGGCACCUGGUGCUUUAUCAGCACGGGGGACAGGAAGGUCCCCGGCAAUAUGUUUUUCGCCAUCACUUUCGCUGUACUUGGGAUUUUCUCACUGCUUGUUACACUUUUCUGUAAUGUGGUGACGAUCCGGGGCUUAAUUAUUCGGUGUAAAACAAAGUCUGGCACGUCUCAGUCUUCAAAGCAGUGGGAACGGCUGACCACGGAGACCGUCAUUCAGCUGUUAGGGAUUAUGUGCGUCCUCCUUAUAUGCUGGUCUCCUCUGCUGGUGCUCAUGCUGAGGAUGAUCUCCAACCAGGUGUCCUCCCACGACUGCAAUGUAACCGCAGUGCCCUCCAAUCACAUCUCCAGCCCAGACGUCCAGUUAGAUUGUAACUUUUUUCUGACAGCGAUCCGCUUGGCCUCCCUCAACCAGAUCCUUGAUCCGUGGGUUUAUCUGCUCCUCAGGGAGAUCCUCUUCCGCAAGUUCUGCAUCGUGGCUAACGCAGUGUCCAACUGCUCCAUAGAGGAACAGAAGGAGACCCAGGCGGCAUUGGCUGCCCUCAACAAGCCAAAGCAAGACAGCAUCAACCUUCAGAAACCACAAUGUAGCUAAGUCAACCUUUGACAGGCAUCGCUAUCAUGUGACGUUGAAGCAGGGAUGGAUUGCAUUGGAUGGAUGUGAAAAUGGAUACACGAUUGUCUUGGAUGUGUCAUGAAAAACAUGGAACGCCAUUUAUCUCCAUGUCGUCCACAGAAGGAUUACUUGAAAUGGGGAGGCAAGAGGGGCUAUAGUCUUUAUAAGAAGCA